AUGCGCGAUAGCGGUUUCGUCGAAUCGUCGUCAACUCAGGACGCCGAAGAAGAGGAUACAAUGGGACAAUUGAGGAGUUUUGAUAUGACUAAAGGUGGCCUCAUUGAUCGCGGUUUUCAAACGCGUCCCCCGCAACCAAUUGUGCCAAAUUUGUUGGCAAGACGAGCGGAAUCUCGACGCGCCACUUGCCCCGAAAUUUGGCUUUUCCCUGAAACGUCGAAACCUUUGAAGAGAGUGGUUUUGAGAGUUUAUGGAAGUGUUUGUGUGGGGAAAAAGACUCUGUGCUCACAAAUUCAUCAUCAUGCGGCGAAUGCCACGCCGGAGUCGGUCAAUAUUUUGUCCACUGAAUGCGAAGAAAGCGGGCAAUCAAGAAGUAUAAAUUUUCUGCUGAAUGGAGAGGAAGUUCAGCUAGAGAUUCUCUUGGAAUCAGCGUUAGAGACUUCCCCCUUCUCUCCUCAUAUCACGAUGUUCAUGGUUGUUUACUCGGUAACUUCUCGUGAAAGUUUCACAACAGCCGCUAAUUUAUUAUAUCGAAUAUUUCAGCAUCGAAAAAAUACGCCCGUUCCUGUGAUUUUAGUUGGGAAUAAAAUGGAUUUGAAACGAAAGAAACUCGUUGGAACGAUUGAAGGUCGAAUGCUUGCCAAGAUCUACAAGUGCGCUUUUGUGGAAUUGUCGGCGCUAAUGGCGAUGAAUGUGGACACGAUGUGGAAAGAGAUUCUCACACAGAUUCGCGGUGUUGAGGCUGAUAGCCGGAGUCUUCUUGAACGACUCGUUGAUCGGGGUCGAUCAAUUGCGCGGAGUUGCGAGGAGAUCGUUCAUCGCAUUCGUCGCGGUGGCGAUGGGCUGAGUGAUUUGAGGGAAAUGAACGAGCCAAAAGAGGAGGAUGGCCAAGAGAAACAAGUGAACGAG